UAUGUGUCAACUAUUUACUUUCGGCCAUGGAAAAAUUGACAGAUGCAUCAUCAAGUAGUACCUGAGCUCAUAGCUGAAAUUUCUGGUACCGGGACUGUCUCUGCCGUACGUCUCCGCUCUCGUAGCCUGGAUGCAAUAAAGUUCCUUCCUCGACUGAAUGCGGAAUCCAAGUGCUUGUCGUUUGAUUGGCCGUCGCUUGUUUCGGUGGAUUUGAACGAAGAAGCCAUGGAGACCGUUGCUGAAGAGCAGAAGAUCGAACCGGGAGAAGGCGACGUUUGGGAGCCUUGUGUUGGCAUGGUAUUUGAAUCGGAAGAUGCCGCCCGGAAAUUUUAUACGGAAUAUGCGAGGCGGGCGGGCUUCGCUGUUCGAGUCCUGGACCGACAGAGAUCGAGCACUGACGGUAGAACUCUUUCACUUCGGCUGGGGUGCAACAAGGAAGGUUUCAAACGACCUGGUCGUAGGGGCAGUGACGGAGUAGAGAACAAGAAGAGGAACCGAGGGGCCAGCUUCCGGGAAGGUUGCAAUGCUGCUAUUCUCGUGAAGAGGGAAAGGGCCGAGAAGAGGGGAGUCGAGAUGUGGAUGGUUGCGAGAUUCGUGAAGGAACACUAUCAUCCUUUGCUCGCCUCCACAAACGGAUUUAGCACGACGCCUGUGGGUGACAAAGAUAAGAAAAUCGAAGAGCUCAAGUCGGAGAUAGAGCGCCAAAACCAACUAUGCGAGGCUUACCGGCAAAAGUUACUUAGAUUCGCAAGUGGUGUAGAGCAGCAAAACGGUGAACUCUCUUUGAAGGUUCAAAUCAUUGUAGAGAAAAUAAGGAAAUUUGAAUCAGAAACUCAACGCUGCAAAUAACGUGCGUUCUUAACCAUACAAUCAAUCGAGUUUUAUAUCGAAAAUGCUUCGAAAUGAAACUCUUGAAGGGAGGAAUUGUGACAAA